UUUUUUUUUCGCGUCCAAGCUCCCUUUCGCUUUUGUACAUAACUAUGUACCUAGACAUAACUAACUAGUGUACGAAGUACGAAGUACCUUUUAGCUUUCUUCCACGUCCGGCGGCAAACUAAAUUUAAAUCGCAUUCUUCCUUCAACCAUCAUCACCAAUCUUUACUAUCACUAGAUUGUAAUACAGGUUAUACCGUCAAGAUGCCGAAAUUCUUCUGCGACUACUGCGACGUCUACCUUACGCACGACUCCAUGAGCGUGCGCAAGGCCCACAACAGCGGUCGAAAUCACCUGCGAAACGUCGUCGAUUAUUACCAGCAAAUUGGACACGAGAAGGCCCAGUCCGUCAUCGACUCCAUCACAUCUUCCUACGCCGCCGAAGGCCAGGCUCACGCUAACCCCAUGCUGCCCCAAAACCAACCCGGCGGCGCCGCGGCGGCAGCAGCAGCAGCUGGGUUCCCCGGAAUGCCACCGCCACCCUUCAGCUUCCCCGGCGGUAUGCCGCCUCCGCCUUUCCCCGGUAUGCCUGCUGGUAUGCCACCCCCGCCGGGCGGCGCGUUUCCCCAGGGUAUGCCUCGUAAGUAACUCCCUUCACCCAUUUUGUCGCGUACUCCUAUAUGUUGAGACUUGAAAUUCUAACAUGUGCAUGACAGCUCCGCCAGGCCAAGGUGGUAGA